UAAAGCGUGAGUCUUGUGGAUCCGUUCGCCGUCGCCAUGCCUCGCUACGAGCUGGCCGCUGAUCCUGAAGGCGAUGCAGCGCCGGAGACAGCGGCCACCUGCGGCGACGUGGAGACUCUGAUGGAGCGGGCCGUGGUGAGGGCCUGGAGAACCUGGGAAGGAGAAACUGCUGGCCCUUACAAGAUGACCAAACACAACGAGAGCCACCUCCGAGGGACUUACUUUCUGAUGUUUCUACGCCGCCCCACUAUUGUCCCCGGCUUAACUUGAACCACCUGCAACCGGGAUGUGGACGUGGUGAGGGCCCACUGUGUGAAGAAGGAGGCUCAGGUUCAAGGCAGUAACUGCUGUGGCCCUAAACAGUGAUUACAUGUAAGGAGAAGCUGAUGUGCAGAGGAGCAGACCAUGCAUUUGAUGUUUUCAUCCAUCACCUGUGUUGCCAAAAAGUUGUGAUCAAUAGAAUAACCAUUUAUUUACUAAUUGUUUCAGUAAGAUAAGAUGUUCCUUUAUUUAUCCCCUAAGGAGAAAUUCCAUUUUGGCAAAGCAGGCUCAGAAAACAGA